CUAGUCUUCCCUUCAAUUCAGAAAGCUAAACCACAACCCAGAUCGAUCCAUCUCAUCAGCAACCUUACUUACCUUGGAUCCCGCAAAGAUUCACAUCGCGGAUCCUUCCAUAUUCUCACACCAGAACAUCUAAAUCUUCCAUCAUGCCAGGCCUUACUUCAGCCUCCGGAGUCCUUGGAUUUCUCUCAGACGAGGAGCCGGAGCUCAAGGUGUUUGCGCUUCAAACCUUGAACGAUGAUAUCGAUACCUUGUGGACCGAAGUCGCGGAUUCAGUUGGUCAAAUGUGAGUGUUCUAGUCUUUGUUCUUCUUAGUUAUUCGAGACUGUAUCUGCCAGAUAAGCACCUGGCAGUUGUUGGCAUUAUUAUUGACGUGUUGGUGAUAGUGAAACUCUGUACGAAGACGAAUCCUUUCCCGAACGUCAACUAGCUGCGCUAGUGCUAUCGAAAGUCUAUUAUCACCUCCAAGAAUACAAUGAGAGCUUGACAUUUGCUCUGGACGCCGGUGACUUGUUCAAACUCGAUAACCAAGGCGAGUUCGAAGAGACCAUCAUCUCCAAAUGUAUCGACACCUACAUUAACGUUUCGGCCGCCCGGAAUGCCACCCCUGAGCAACCUCAAGACAAUCUCACGCUUUCUACAUCCUUCGUGCAAGAGACCGAGACACAGGCGAAGAUUGCCGGGUUGACGUCUCCAACGACUCCCUUCUCUCAAUCGACCUUGCCAUCAAAGUCUCUGCUUUCUAGAGCUUCGACAAACAACUUGGAGACACCUGCGCAGGAAGGAAAGCUUAUUUCCGGGCUUGUGCCAGAACGUCUAAAGCAUGCCGCUCUCGAAAACGUGAUCGAGAGACUCUUCGAGGGAUGUCUUCGUGAGGGCAGAUACAGACAGGUUGUUGGAAUCGCCAUCGAGGCACGCAACUUGGAUGUUUUACGCCGAGUAAUCAAGCGCGCAGCUGAGGAUGAGAAGAAAGUCCGAGGGAAACAAGCCGAGUCUGGUUCCGGGUCUACUGAAGAAUUGAUGGAAUAUGUUCUGGAUAUCUGCAUGGGCGUUGUACAAGAGAGAGGACUCAGAACUCAGAUUUUGAGAUUGAUUUUAGAUCUCUUGUCUGAUAUCCCAACCCCAGACUACUUUUCUAUCGCAAAGUGUGUGGUGUAUCUCAACCAAGACGAAGAGGCUUCAUCAAUGCUGAAGAAACUUGUGGUGUGUACACUUUAGUCACCUGUGAAUGAUUUUGACUGAUAAACUAUAGGCAAACGACGACCAGAACUCUACUGCAAUCGCGUACCAGAUAGCUUUUGAUCUGUACGAUAAUGGAACCCAAGAAUUUCUCGCCAAGGUGAUCAAAUCACUACCUGUCAAGGUGGAAGAGGUACCAGAGGCAAAUGAGAAUCGUAAGUACAAUUUUUAAUUUUUUUUUGCAAGAGUGUGAUGGUUAGCUAACAAAUUUUAUAGCUACGGAAACCGACCAGCUCCUCGGAGACUUGAACGACAGCACAGGUGCACCAGCUCCAAACCAAGAAAACAUCUCAGACAAACACUUUGGUGUGUUUGACAGAAUACGCAAGAUUCUCGAUGGUAGCGAAACAAUCAAACUCAACCUCGAAUUCUUGUAUAGAAACAAUCGCACGGAUUUGAGCAUUUUGAACAAGGUCAAGGACAGUUUGGAGGGUAGAAACUCGAUUUUCCAUACAGCCGUCACCUUUUGCAACGCAUUCAUGAACCAGGGUACAACCAACGACAAAUUCUUUCGAGACAAUUUGGAGUGGCUCGGCAAGGCUGUUAAUUGGUCAAAAUUUUCUGCCACUGCAGCACUUGGUGUGAUCCAUCGUGGAAAUCUCACCCAAUGCCGCAAGCUACUCGAGCCGUAUCUCCCAAGAAGAUCUUCUCUCGGUGGUUCCAUUUUCAGCCAGGGUGGUGCACUUUACGCCUAUGGUUUAAUUUACGCCAAUCACGGUGCAGAAGCACUCCCAUAUCUCAAAGAACAGUUCACGGAAGCAACAGAGGAAGUGAUUCAACAUGGUGGUGCUCUUGGAUUGGGUAUUGCAGGAAUGGCAACAGGAUCCAUGGAUAUCUACGAUGACCUCUCAAAAGUGCUUUUCACUGACUCCGCAUUGAACGGUGAAGCUGUCGGUCUUUCCAUGGGUCUCAUUAUGCUUGGCACUGGUAACAUCAAGGCCUUGGAGGAUAUGAUAACCUAUGCCCACGAGACACAACAUGAGAAGAGUGUGCGUGGUCUUGCUGUUGGUAUGGCAUUGAUCAUGUAUGGUCGUCAAGAAGGCGCCGAUGAGCUUAUCGAAGGUCUUCUCAAUGAUCCUGAUCCAACUUUGAGAUAUGGUGGUAUUAUGACUGUCGCUUUGGCCUAUUGUGGUACUGGUAGCAACAAAGCUGUGCGAAAGCUCCUCCAUGUUGCCGUCAGCGAUGUCAAUGAUGAUGUGCGAAGAAUUGCGGUCAUGAGCUUGGGUUUCAUUCUUUUCCGAAAGCCUGGCAGCGUUCCUCGCAUGGUUGAGCUUUUAUCUGAGUCUUACAACCCGCACGUCAGAUACGGAGCUGCUAUGGCUCUCGGUAUUUCAUGUGCUGGUACAGGAUUGGAUGAGGCUAUUGAUCUUCUUGAACCUAUGAUCAAGGACCCAACAGACUUCGUACGACAGGGCGCAUUGAUCUCCCUUGCCAUGAUCAUGGUACAACAAAACGAAGUUAUGAAUCCUAAGGUGGCUGAGAUACGCAAGACCAUGAAGAAGAUUGUCGGUGAUCGUCAUGAGGAUGCGAUGACCAAAUUUGGUGCCGCAUUGGCACUGGGCAUAAUUGAUGCCGGAGGACGGAACUGCACCAUUGGACUACAAACACAAACUGGCAACCUUAACAUGGCAGGUAUCGUGGGAAUGGCUGUGUUCAUUCAAUACUGGUAUUGGUUCCCAUUCACUCACUUCCUCUCAUUGAGUUUCACACCAACUUCGAUGAUUGGACUCGAUCAUGACCUUGAUGUUCCAAGCUUCAAGUUCUAUAGUGCUACUCGUCCGAGUCUCUUCGACUAUCCUCCAGAACAGGAGGUCAAGACAGAUGAAGCGCCGACACUAAUCGCCACUGCUGUUCUAUCAACCACGGCUCAAGCUAAGCGACGUGCUCAAAAGAAGGAGAGAGCUCAGAGACGGGAGAGCAUGGAUAUCAACCAAACUCCAACAACCCCCAAGAUCACUGCUCCUUCUGGCGACAAGAUGGAUGUCGACGAGGAGCCCAAAGAUAAGGAGGCAAAAGCAGAUGACAAGAAGGAAGGCGAGGAAGGUGAUAAGGAUAUCUCUCUAGCCGAGAUUGCCAAGAAGAAGUUUGAAAAGGAAAAGGUCGGAUACGAAAUUGAAAACAUGUCCAGAGUUCUCCCAGCUCAGCUCAAGUUUGUCAGUUUCCCAGCUGGUCGCUACAAGCCUGUCAAGAAGCCAACUGGUGGUGUCAUCUUACUUAUCGACACCCAAUCUGGUGAAGAAAAAGUUCUGAUUGAGGAGAAGCUAAAGAAAGCCACCACCGAAAAGGCUGCUGCACCAACAACACUAGAAGAUAUGCGCAAUGAGUCUUUCAAUCUUCGUCGUCAAGCCGAAGCACAAGGAGAGGCAUCCGGAGCUGCUGCCGCUGCCGGCGUCUUGACUGCUGUUGAUGAGGAUGAAGAAGGUGGGGCAGAGGCCGAGUGCCCAAGAGAUUUUGAGUACUUCACGGAUAAUGAGGAAGAGUAGAUGAUGGUGGAAGUGUAAUUCUAGAUUCUCCUCUUGUGUUACCGACUACAUGGCUCAAGGCAUGCAUGGCGUCGGUACCAAGAGAAGCAUACAAUGUAUAAUACAAAGAAGACUUGAGCAUUUCAGCGUUUAAUGCCUACGGG